AUGAACGCAAACCGUGCCAACCCCUUCAACUCCCCUCCCUCCUCGACCGGUUCCCACGGCACCGUGAGCCCGACCAUGUCCUCCGUCUUCUCCGACCCCGAGGGCGAGUCGACGCGCAGGCUCAACAACGACAUGGCGAGAAUUACGGCGCCCCGCAAGCUCCCCAUCAACUGGGAGGCCGCUCACCGCAAGUGGCCCGAGUUCUUCUCUCUGCCUCCCCGCGACGCCGUCGACGCGAGACCUCCGGGCUCCAAGGAGAACAGGCCGCCGCCGGCCUUGGCCGACGAUUCCACCCAAGACGCCUGGCAAGUCUCGAGGAAGAAGCGUGCGGACAUGCAGCCGCGUGUCGACAACGAAUCGGAUAUCUCCUCCAUUUUCGACAAGUCGCCCCUGGCCCCCGCCGCCGUGGCUCCUUCCAAGAGCGCGCCGAAUCCUAGCCCCCUCUCCCGGCUACGCAGCCGAGCCUCGGAUUUCAACCAAAGGCAUUCUGCCGCCGCCGCCCUGCAUCCCCAUCCUCCUCCGCGCCGUGACUCGGCCGUCGGUGAGGACGCCGACCAGAGGGAACGCCGGCGCGACGGCGGCUCUCCUCUCCUCUCUUCGGCCAAGUCCAGCUUGACGGCCGUUCCUUCGUCGCCCGAAUCCGUCAACAACCUCGGUCAAAAUGUGUCCCAUGUUCGCUCCUUCUUCAUGCCCGACGUCUCCCACCUCGGUGACUUCGUGACCGGAACCCUCAAGUUUAGCGGCUCCAUGAAGAAUGGCGUGCCCAUCUUUGUCAAGCAUGGCAGGGUGCACGACCGGCAAGAGAGGCCCUCCGCCGGCGCCCACGCCGAGGUGGACGCCAUCGAGGUGCCGCGGGACGAGGAGAAAAUCUUCGUAUCGAUGGAUAUGAUUCGCGAUGAGAUCCUCUCCCUCCAGGAGCAUCACGACAAGGUGCAGGAGUACGCCGAGAAUCUUCAGCAGCAAGUCGAGAGGCUCGAGGCAAAGUUGAGGUCAUCCAAGUAUGCCGAUGGUCACCAGUCGGAUGGCCAGCUCACCCGUCUGGAGGAGGCCACCCGCAAGUGCAGCGAUAAGGACUUCCACAACAUGUCACUGAUCCACGAGCGAGACCGCGCCGUCGGCAGACUGCAGAGCGCCUGCGACGACAUCAGCAAGCUCACCCGCAAGUUGAGCGUGAAGGAGAAGGAACUGGAGUCUUCGCAUAAGCAGCUCGAGACGACGGAUCAGAUGCGACACGACAACGACACCCUUCGCCGGGAUCUCAUUUCCCUCCAGCACGGUCGGGAGGCGUUGGAGCGCGAAAACGCCUCUCUCCGCGUCGACAACGAAGAGCUGCAGAGGAAGCAGCGGGAGCUUCACGCCGAAAUCGAUCGCCUGCGUUCCGACAUCAGCAGCCUCCGGCACGCCGGCGACUCCCUCGCCGACCGAAGCAGAGCUCCCCGGCCGAGCAACCCAUCUCUCGAGGCGGAGAACGAAGACUUGCGCGAGAACCUUGACGGGGUCCAGCACGAGCUCGACGCCGCUCGCGAGGAUGUCGAGACAUUGCGACGCCGGGUCGAGACCAUGACCCAGGAGAGGACAACUCUCCAGGAGGACAACGAAAGUCUCGUCCGCCACAACGACAAGUAUUUCAGCGAGAACAAGAUACUCCGGCGCGAAAACUCGGGGUUUGAGCGCAGCAUGCACGACCUCCAUGAUGAGAACGUGAAGAUCAAGGCCGAGUGUGACGCCCUGAAGCAGCAGCUGGGUCACUGCCGGCCCCUACCAAAGGAAGAUGUGUCCGCCCGCCUGGAUGACGAAGUGGAGGAGAACAUGACGUCGGCAUUCUUCGUGCCGGACAUCACCAUCAACACGAACGAGUCUGGCCCCGAGGUCACCGACACGAAGGACAUGCCUGCACCCUCGGAGCUCGAGAUCGAUCUCACCUCCCAAAGCUACAAGAUGACGGCUGCCCGCAACGAUUCGGAGCAGGAGACACGGGACACGACGAAGCCGACGCAGUCAAUGACCAAGAAACAGGCCAAGAUGACCAGUCAAGCAAUUCAUGGCCAGAAGGUUUCAUUUUCCAUUCCUGAAAAGUCCGAUGCGAGCGACAGAAACGUCGCAAACCGAGGAAGCAAGCGGCGGAGCCGUGCCGGCGCCCAGCAGGGUCACGGAGGGUCCGUCGUACACCUUUUCCAAGAAUGGGACGACACGACUGGCAUUCAGUCUGUCGAAAAUACGACGCAGGACCAGGUCAUCUCCCUGAACCUCUCGCUCAAGGAUGAACGCCAGUCGCAGGCACGAGACGCGAUGAAACAGAGUCGGAAGAAGCAUGCACCGUCAUCUUCUCGACCCGCUACCAAGGUCCGCUUGGAGGCUCAGCCGAGCACAGAUGCCAGCAAGGGUCUACUGGACAGGGACACUUGCCCUGCACUGUCGGACGAUGCACGGCAGAUCCUGGAUGUCCUGUGCAAGCAUAGCUGCCAAAACUGCAUUGUAUGCACUCGCAUCACCUCCCACCGCGGCGUCGUCGCUUCCUCCGAUGUUGCCUCGGGGAAGAAGCGGGUUCUGGUCCCUCGUCCCGUCCCUGUCAGCGAUCGCGACGUCUCCGCCGAAGACGCCACUGUCCGGCCUUCGCAGUCACCCGGCCACGCCCUCGCACUGGUCAUUAAGGGUCUCGAGGACGAGUCACGCCACAUACAGCUCGAGUUGUCACGCGUGCAGGCAGAGUACAACGGUAGUGAUAAGUCCCUCGGCCGACGCGAGAGGCUCAAGCUCGCCGACGGCAUCCGCACCCUUCUGAAGCGUCUUGAGGUCAAGAAUGAUCAGAUAUACAGCUUGUACGAUGUUCUCGAGGGUCAAAAGGCCGCGGGCCAGGCCAUGAGCGAAGAGGAGAUUGAGGUGACGGUGCUCAACAUCACGGGCAUGACGGUCCGGGAUGUGACGAGCAGGAGCGAGAAUGCUUCCUGGGACGGCAUCCAAGAUGUUGUCUGA